AUGCGAGGGGGGUGCUCGUUCCAACAAAAGGUGGUAGCAGCACAGAGAGCAGGCGCUGCUGCUGUGAUUAUUGUGAACCAUGUGAUGGGGGGAGCGGCGCUGAACAUGGCCCCUGAUGUGCCGAAUUCUGAUGCUGUCACAUCCGAUGGUGGGGUGUCAGGGGUUGGUGCUCUGAAGGAGUCUGAUACAGUCACACCUGGUGGUGGGGUGUUGAAGGGUGGUGAACUGGGGGAUUUUGGUGCAGUCACACCUGAUUUUGGAGUUUCAACGGAAGGGACGGAGGCAGGAGAACGAUUAGCAGCUGAAGAAGGCUCAGCAACUGAAGGAUCAGCAGCAGGAGAAGAAUUCUCAUCGGCAGCAGAAGGAUCAGAAGCAGCAGCAGCAGCAGCAGCAGCAGCAGCAGCAGCAGCAGCAGAGACAUCAGCAGCAGCAGAAACACCAGCAGGAGGGGUCUCUGAUGCAGCAGUGCAAAUCCCUUCAAUUAGCCUGGGCAAUGCAGAUGGCACUCUGCUACUGGCUGUUAUGCGAGGGCAGAUGAGUGUGAGAGAGGCUGCUAGGCAGAAAGUGGAGGGCGCUGUGGGAGAGGUGGAGGAGGAGAAUGAGGGAGAGAAUGAGGGAGGGAGUGAAGGAGAGGGUGAGGGAAUGAUUGAGAGUGAGAGUGAAGUGGAGCAUGAGGGAGAAAGUGAGGUUGAUUCUGGGGUUGUGCAAGAGGAGAAGGAAGGGGAGAAGGAGGAGGGUUGCGAGGAGAUGCGUGAGGGAGAAGGCUCAGGCAAGAAUCAAAAGGGGCAGCGCGAGGAACUAAGGGAUCAAAAGCACUGUCACAAGGGUCCCAAAAUGCAUUGCAGUGGGGAUAACGGCCAAGGGGGGCGGGAUGGAGUAUGGAGAUCGGAUGGAGGAGGAGGAGAGAAGGUGUGGGUGAAGCUGUUUUGCCUGAAGAAACGGGCGGAGGAGGAUCAGCCUGUUUUGCUUGACGUGGACGUUAGUGUGCCGCCACACUCGCCAUUGCAGAUGCAGCAAGCUGUGAAUGCCAUGAUCAUGCUGCUCAAAGGGGGGCACUUGAAUCGCCUCUUGACCUUUGCAUGA